AUGAGUUCAUCAAAUAAGGCAGCAGGGUUGGCUUAAAAAGAGCCAGAUUUGCUGUUUUUGGCUUUUAAAAAGCCAAUCUGGUCACCCCUAGCAUGACAGACCCCACCUCUCAAUCAGCAUGCAUGAGCCAAUCAGAAAGACCAUGCAAGACCAUGUGGACACAGAUAAAAUUACUGUGAGGCAGGAAAUCCGCCUCUUUCAUCCUGAAAGCUCCAGCAGCAAGCAGGAACCAGCAAAGAAAGAACGCCAAGGUAUGAAUAGCAGCCCCAUUUUUAGUUAAAAAAAACAAAACAAAAAAACUGGAAAGUAUUAAUUGAAAAUUGGGCCCCUGUUUGUAGUUUAAAUGGGGGGUGGGAUUUGAAACUGUUUGCUAGUUUUAACAAUUUCUUAAUUUUUUUCUCUGGGGUCAUGUGUUUGGGAGAAAUUAGUGUUUGAAUCUGUUUGUUAGGUGGGGAUUGAAAGAGAGCCAUGUGCUGGGAAGAGUUUAGUUUUGAAUCUGUCUGUUAGUUUUAGCAAUGUCUUAAUUUAUUUUUUAAAUGGAUGUUUUAUAUGGUUUUUCAAUGUAAGCAAAUGUAUUUUUCUAUUUGAAUCUGCGUGUUAGUUUUAGCCAUUUCUUUUCUUUUUUAAAAAAUGGAGGUUUUAAGGGCUUUGCAAUGUAAGCAAAUCUAUUUUUCACCUCUUUGCUAGUUUUAGCAAUUUCAUAUUUUCCUCUGGGGGGGGUGCAUUUUAUUAUUUCAAUGUUUUCAACAUGUUUUGGGUUUGUUUUGUUUUUUAAAAAAAUUACACUGUUUAAGUGGGGAUUGAGAGAAAGCCAUGUGGUUGGGAAGAGGUUAGUGUUUGAAAACUGUUUGCUAGUUUUAGCAAUUUCUUAAUUUUUUCUCUGAUGGGUAAGGGCAUGCUACUCAUAUACUCACAACCCUCCCAUGCUGUAGGGAAUCUCAGCCACAGAGUCUUUUUAAAAUUAAAACACUCACAUUUUUAUUUUUAAAUUUUUAUUCUUAAAGCACAUAUUUACACAGGCAGUAUUAUAUAUAGAAUUUUAAAUGUAUGCCUCAAGAUCUGUAGAAAUCUAGUAUUCCAAGGGCUAAUUCUGUUCUCUGCAAAACAGCUCUCCUGCAACAAACAAACAAAUAAAUAAAGAGAUAGGAUCAUGUAUGCACAACUCACAAUCAUGUUCGCUUAAAUUAAAUACACUCACCCAGCACACAUGUUCAAUCUACCCAGUCCUCACAAUGUAAUCUGUAAUAAAAAGGGCCAUCCUGUCCUUGAUUUGCUGGUUCACUGGGGGGCGUAGGCAUUUUGUAAGCAGUCCACCAAAGAGAAAUAUUGUUAAUAGUCUACCCUUAUUGAUAUUUCCAUUUGCAAGUUCUGCAGCCAUCAUGGCUGUGAAAAAGUUCUCAAUAUCUAUCAGGCUGUUAGGGUGUAGAGAGGCCAUGUGGGGGUUUAAAUCGGCCUCCAUUUUAAGUAGCAAGGGGCCUAUUCCUUCCGGUUUUGGUUUUCCACAGGCCUGUUCUAUACAUUCCCUAGCCAGAGCAUAAAUUUGAUGGUACUCCAUUGGCUGCAGUUUAGGGUUCUGGUUAGGGAGGGCAGGGCAGGAUAUGUCUGAACAUGUCCCUGCCUGGAUAUUUUUGUGGAUAUUCAAUAGCACUCACCAAAGAACAAAGAAAGAAAAAAGGUUCCACCAAAGAUGAUGAGCAUUAGGGAUGAAGAAUUGAGUGCCCUCGAGAUCUUUGAAGAUAAUGAUGUGGAAUUCCAAGAACAGCAGCAACCCAGACACAAGACACCUGGAGGCUCCAACAUGGAGGGCCAGCCACCCUACAAGAAGCCCAGAAGGGUCAACCAGGAACCUGAGCCACAUAGUGUUGCUGGCCGUCAGAUUACAGCAUCCGAGCAGUGUGGUACCAGCAAUGGGUCAUCUCAAGGAGGCAUGGCAUCUGAUGUUGGCCCUGCAGUGGAUUCCCAACCAAUCUCUUCUGAAGAAUCAGCAGGCAGUCCUGAAGAACCCCCACCCGUGGAUCUACAGCUUAUUCGACGUUAUAAUAGGAACUAUGCACGUUUUAAUGACAUUGAAAUGUAUUAUGAAUUCAAGUUUGUGAAUUUGGACAUAGUACACUCCUUUCGUGAUGCACUAUUGGGGAUGUAUUCUGCUGUUCAAAGGGUUCUGAACAAUAUAAACAACCAUAUAGAACCAAGGGACUUUGUUCAGCUCAGAUUGUGGGGGCCAGGGAUUGCAGACCCCUUUUACUCUGCAAGGAGGCAGGCAGGGCAUCUGAAUCCUGAAACCUUCUUAAGUGCUAUGUCUAACCUGCUUCAAAGUUAUGCUCAAAUUUUAGCUGAUGGGGCGUUAACACUGGCAGCGAUUGUCAUUACACCCCUACAAGGAGCCGGACUCAGGCAUAUAAAAUCAAUACCCUAUAACAGCAUUAUACAGAAAAAGAGACUGCACCUGAUAGAUGUACCCAUGCCUAAUAUAGCACUCUGCUUUGCAGUGAGACUCAUGGCUGUUGUAGAUGAGAGAGCUACCACUACACAGAUAAAAGGUGCAAAAAAACUGUACAAGGAUCUUGGGUGGGGUGAGCAAAAAGAAGUGUCUUUUGCAGAUGUGAAAACCAUAGAGACUCACAUGAAAGUCAAUACUGUGGUUGUGCAAUGGGAAACUUCUGGAUGGAGUGUUUUAAAAACUCCUGAACAGAAAUGCCUCAAAAUGUGUUUUCUGUUACUUCAUGAUGCUCACUUUUAUGGGGUUAAGAACAUCAAAGGUUUUUUUGGCUCCAGAAAUUUUUGUUAUGUCUGUUACACGCCCUAUGCACACAGCCAUGACUGUUUGAUGAAUUGCCACCGCUGUUUGGACACCGGGUGUGUAAAACGUGUAGGGCGAAUAAUCAUAUGCCCCGAAUGCAAGGUGCAGUGUAGAUCACAAGACUGUCUAGGAAGGCAUAAGAUGAUCUCUGCAAUGGGGCGAGUAGAAUGCAUCCCACACUAACUAUGUGAUAAGUGCUUCCAUUACGUUGAGAUGGAUCAUGAAGAUGAACGCCCCUGUAGGGGAAAACAGUGUCAUGUAUGCCACGAGUACCUUUGCCCUGGGGAAGAACAUGAGUGUCACAUUCCACGUUUACAGUACCCCAAGCUAUCUGUAAAAUAUGUGUUUUAUGACUGUGAAAGCAGGCAGGAGGAUAGGGUCCACGUGCCAAACUAUAUUUAUGCCAGGGCUUUUAAAGGGGAGAUGGUGGAGCCUGUUGAAGCAUAUCAAGAGAAACAGAAAGGUUGGGGAAAGUGGGGCCCCCAAGGGGAAGAUUAAGGGGACUCAUGUUUGCAUGAGUUUGUAAUAUCAUUUACAUCGGGCAGUCACUUUAAGGGCUGUAGUUUUAUAGCCCAUAAUUUGAGAAGCUAUGAUGGAAUUCUCAUCUUGGGAGAGCUAAUCAAAGGUCUCGAUGUAGAUCUGCUCACUCAGGGGAGGAAACUACUCUGUAUAACAGUUAAAAAUAAUAACAUAAAAUUCAUAAAUUCCCUUUGCCAUCUCCCCAUGGCCCUAGCAAAGCUCCCCAAAGCUAUGGGUUUUCAGGAUUGUAAGGGUUAUUUCCCACAUUUCUUUAAUAAAAAAGAAAAUGAGAAAUAUAUUGGGAAUAUGCCAGAACUGAUGUACUAUGGUGUGGACACUAUGAAGCCUGCAGAUAGGGAAGAAUUCAUGAAGUGGUAUGAGGAAAACAAAUCAAAGAUGUUUGACAUGCAGAAGGAAUUGGCCUAUUACUGUCAGAAAGAUGUAGACAUCUUGAUGCAGGCCUGUACAAAAUAUAGACAUGACUUGGUUGAGAUGAAAUGGGAUGUAGUUGAUAAACCUAAGGGGAAGAAAACUGUCAGGGUGCUGGUGGGUAUUGACCCCUUCCAAUACCCUACACUUGCUAGUGUGUGCUUAAGAAUGUACCGUUACAAGUAUCUGAAGGAUAAAGAGAUCGCCAUACCGGCACCAGAUAAUUACCAUAAUCAGUGCAAAAGAUUCUCAACUCCGUCCAUUCAAUGGCUGGAAUACAUGGCCCACAGGGAAAACAUACAUAUUUGCCGUGCUCUGAAAGAGGGUGAGUUUAAGGUUGAUAUUCCUCAGGAGCUACAGGAGGCAUCAGGGAGUGUUAAGGCAUAUUAUUUAGAUGGUUAUUCUGUGAACGGGGGAAAGAAACUAGCCUUUGAAUUUAACAGAUGUUUUUAUCAUGGGUGCCUAUCCUGUUAUCCCGCACACAGACAGCACCCUAUGUUGUCAGAAACCUAUGGUUUUCUCUACAAUGCUAGUGAGAGGAGGGCAGAUGUCCUAAAAUGAUUGGGGUUUGAAGUCCACUGUAUAUGCGAGCAUGAGUGGGCUGAUAUGGUCAAGGGGGAAGGUGAUGGGUUUUCUGAAGCUGCAGCAGUUUCCAGAACCUCUGGAACCUAGAGAUGCGCUGUUUGGGGGGCAGGACUGGCUGUGUGCGUCUGUAUUAUGAGGCUAAGGAGGGAUCGGACUUUACCUCUCUCUAUCCUUUUAUUAUGCGAAAUUGCCAGUUUCCUAUAGGCCAUCCUGAAGUAAUUUAUGAUAAUUUUAGGCCACUCUCUGAGUAUUUCGGAAUUGCCAAGGUGAAGGUUUACCCACCACGCAGUCUCUUUCCCCCCGUCCUACCUGUCAAGGUGAACGGGAAGCUCAUGUUUCCCCUGUGCAGGCUCUGUGCAGACUCACAACCGUUGGAGCACUGUAGCCAUAAUGAUGAGGAAAGGGUGCUGGUGGGCACAUGGUGCACAGUGGAAUUGGAGAUUGCUGUGGGUACAGCGUGGUACAGAUCUAUGAGGUUUGGCAUUUUGAAAGGAGGUCUGACAGUCUCUUUUCAGAGUACGUAAAAACAUUUCUCAGGCAGAAGCAGGAGGCCUCUAGCUAUCCCGCAGAGUAUGUUAGCAGGGUGGACAAAGAGAGAUACAUUGAUGAGUAUUAUAAGAAAGAAGGGAUGUGUUUACAACCUGAGCAGGUUGAAGUCAACCCUGCUAAACGACAAAUAGCCAAGCUUUUCUUAAAUUCCUUGUGGGGGAAAUUUGCUCAGAGGACAAACCUCCAUAGUGAAAAAGCCUGAUGAGCUUUUCCAAUACCUCUUUUCAGAUAGCUAUGAGGUCUCUAUGUGUGAAUUCCUUGAUGAUGAUACAUGUUGUGUGUCUUGGAAAGAUGCAAAAGAUUGUAUAGUCCCUCCAGGUAACACAAAUGUUUUUCUAGCGUGUUUUACAACAUCAUAUGCACGCCUGCAUUUGUACUCUAUCAUGGAGAAACUAUAGGAAUGAUGCCUGUACCAUGACACAGAUUCAGUGAUCUAUGUGUCUUGUGAGAGGGAGUACAACCCUCCCCUUGGAAACUUUUUAGGGGAGCUGACAAACGAGCUGCCAUCAGACCAGUACAUAACAGAGUUCGUGAGCACAGGGCCUAAAUCUUAUGGCUACAAGCUGUCUGGGGGAACAUCCUGUAUAAAAGUCAAGGGGAUUACUCUGAAUGUGGCUAUCUGUCAGAAGAUUAACUCUGGUAGUCUUAAAGGUCUGGUUUUCACCUACGUUUCGGAACCAGGUCCUGCACGCGAGAUCGUGGUAGAGCAGAAUGGUAUAGCUAGAAAUAAGAAGAGGUGGCAGAUAGAAAAACGGCUUUUGAGGAAGACACAGAGAGUGGUAUUUGAUAAGCGCAUCAUCAUUGAGGAAUUUAAGACUAUACCAUACGGGUAUUAAAAAUGGAUGCUCGCUAGCAACACCCCUUCUCUGCCAUCCUUGCAGGACCUAGUAACUGUGGUAAAACUUUUUUUCUUAAAAUAAAAUAAAAUUCUGGAACAACGCACACAGUGUGCUAUCUGUGAUGCCUGAAAAAAUCGUGUGGUGUUACUCUUGUUGGCAGCCGUUGUACAAAUGCUCUGUAAAUACCCUAUGAUAACAUUUGUAGAAGGUAUGCCUGAGAAAAUUGAUGAUGAUGAGUUGUUACCCUCAAAUAAAAUCUGUUUUCUUGUUCUGGAUGACCUGAUGAGUGCUUCAUCUGACAGUCAACAAAUUGAACGUGCUUUCACGGAGUUUGUUCAUCACAGGAACCUGAGUGUUUUUCUCAUCACACAGAAUGUUUUCUACAAAGGGAAAUCUGCCUGUACCAUAAGCCUUAAUGCCAAGUAUAUGGUGCUCUUUAAA